AUGGCAGCGGCCGCGGGGCCCGGAGGGGGCGAGACCACCGUCGCCGCCGGGAACGAUGACGGCGGCGGCGGCGGGAGAGAAGUGGAAAGGGGGAGCCCCCCCGGCUCGGACCCACGACGCCUGGGGCCGGGGGGGCGAGAAGAAGAGGAGGCGGCGCCGGGGCCAGGCAGCGCGGGGGUCCCGGCCGGCCAAAGCCACGCGCCCUCGUCGCCGCCCCCCCGAGAGGCCGAAGUCACCGUGGAGAUCGGCGAGACCUACCUGUGUCGGCGAGGGGACGGGACCUGGCACUCUGCUGAAGUGAUCCAGUCUCGGAUCAAUGAACAAGAAGCCAGGGAGGAAUUUUACGUGCACUAUGUUGGCUUCAACCGGCGUCUGGAUGAGUGGGUGGACAAGAACCGUUUGGCCCUCACAAAAACUGUCAAAGAUGCUGUGCAGAAGAACACUGACCAGUACAUGAACGAGCUGUCCGAACAGCCAGAGCGCAAGAUCACCCGCAACCAGAAGCGGAAACAUGACGAGAUCAACCACGUACAGAAGACUUAUGCUGAGAUGGAUCCUACCACAGCCGCUUUGGAGAAGGAGCACGAAGCAAUUACCAAAGUGAAAUACGUGGACAAGAUCCAUAUUGGGAACUAUGAGAUCGACGCUUGGUAUUUCUCGCCUUUCCCAGAGGAUUAUGGGAAGCAACCAAAGCUGUGGAUCUGCGAGUACUGCCUCAAGUACAUGAAGUUUGAGAAGACCUACCGCUAUCACCUUGGCCAGUGCCAGUGGAGGCAACCACCAGGCAAGGAGAUCUACCGCAAGAACAACAUCUCUGUGUACGAGGUGGAUGGCAAAGAUCACAAGAUUUACUGCCAGAAUCUCUGUCUCUUGGCCAAGCUCUUCCUGGACCACAAGACCCUCUAUUUUGAUGUGGAGCCCUUUGUUUUCUACAUUCUUACUGAGGUCGACCGGCAAGGGGCCCAUAUCGUUGGCUAUUUUUCCAAGGAGAAAGAGUCUCCAGAUGGUAACAAUGUGGCCUGCAUCCUCACUUUGCCCCCAUACCAGAGGAGAGGUUAUGGAAAGUUUCUCAUCGCUUUCAGCUAUGAGCUCUCCAAGCUGGAAAGCACCGUGGGUUCCCCAGAGAAGCCUCUCUCAGACCUAGGCAAGCUGAGCUAUCGGAGCUACUGGUCAUGGGUGCUGCUGGAGAUCCUCCGGGAUUUCCGGGGCACUCUUUCCAUCAAAGAUCUCAGCCAGAUGACGAGCAUCACACAAAAUGACAUCAUCAGUACGCUGCAGUCGCUGAAUAUGGUCAAGUACUGGAAGGGACAGCAUGUUAUCUGUGUCACCCCCAAGCUGGUUGAAGAGCACCUCAAAAGUGCCCAGUAUAAGAAGCCUCCCAUCACAGUGGAUUCCCUCUGCCUGAGAUGGGCACCUCCAAAACACAAGCAAGCCAAGAUUUCCAAGAAGUGAGAGAGCAACGGACAAGAGGAACAGAAGAGGCUCCACCUCACUUCACAUCCACCCUUCAUUUUUUAAGAGAUGGUCGAAGGCUAAGCA